UAAUACUCCCCCAGAGGGGUGCAACACCGCCUUAUCCUUGCAGCUGGCCAGACCGAGUAAAGGGCGAGGAACGAAGGAUCCAGCUCCAAUUACUCUUUGAAGAGUUGGGGCUGGGCAUCGGAUCUGAGAUCCACCUGGAAGACGAGGGGAACCUGCCUGCACUUUAAGGAACUCGGAGUUCGGGAGGUUGUUUAUUCGUUGGGUGCCACAUGAUGACGUUUUCGUUCGUUUCCAUCUGCGUGCUGGCGCCCUUUCUGGCUGCUGUCUUUGCGCACAUGCACAAUCCUGCAUUGGAUGAGGCCUGGCUCAAUUGGAGGUCGUUUCACAAGAAGGAGUAUGUGGGGGAUGAAGGCAAUUACAGGAGGAUGGUGUGGGAGAAAAACUUGAAAUUAAUCGAGCUCCACAACCUGGAAUACUCCAUGGGAAAGCACUCAUUUCAGAUGGGAAUGAAUCACUUUGGGGACCUUACAGCCGAGGAGUUCAGUGAACUUUGGAAACAAUUCAGCACAUUUGAAAUGAAGAACUCAUCUGGGAAAGAGCCGGCUUCAGGAGCACCCAAACUUUUCAAACUCCCUCAGAGUGUUGACUGGAGGACCAAAGGUUACGUGACAAAAGUAAAAGAUCAGGGACAUUGUGGCUCUUGCUGGGCUUUCAGUGCUGUUGGUUCCCUUGAAGGACAAACAUUCAAGAAGACAGGAAAACUAAUCUCGUUGAGUGAGCAGAACUUGGUUGAUUGCUCCAACUCAGAAGGGAACCAUGGAUGCAAUGGUGGACUGAUGCAUUUUGCUUUCAAUUAUGUACAAUCUAACAAUGGGAUUGACACUGAGGAAUGUUAUCCAUAUACUGCUUAUGAAAGCACCUGUAAAUAUGAUGCCAAAUGUCGUGGGACCACUUGCUCUGGUUAUAGAUUUGUAAGCCAUGGUAACGAGACAGCACUGGCAGAGGCUGUGGCCACAGUCGGACCAAUUUCUGUUGCUAUUGAUGCAAAACAUUCAUCGUUCCAGUUUUAUAGAUCAGGUGUUUACUAUGAGCCGAAUUGCAAUGAUUUUCUGCCUAACCAUGGAGUCCUAGUAGUGGGAUACGGAAGGGAAAAUGGAGAGAACUAUUGGAUUGUUAAAAACAGCUUUGGAAUCUGGUGGGGAGACCGUGGGUACAUCAAGAUGGCCAAGGACAGGAACAACAACUGUGCAAUUGCCGACUAUGCAAUUUAUCCUCUGGUUUAGGACAGAGGGAUUAUCAUCUUUGCAAAACAAAAGAUAUAAGACUUUCUGCAACAUUAAAUGCUUCUACAUAAUGUUGUUUGGGUGUUCUUUUAUUGCUGUGAAUCAUGAGUAAAUUCUAGUUGCCAGCACAUAGUCUUUAAAUUAUACUUUGUCAUUGCAUCUGAAUUAUUUGUUUCAGUUUUGCUGUCACUCAUUUUGAGCCCAUAAGGAAUUAUGAUAUUAAUCAUCGAUAGGCCGAGAACCAAAUGACAAUUAAAUACUCUUAUAUAAUAAUUCUACCUUGGACACCAUUCUACCUAUUCUGUGAUGGAAAAAGUGUAUCAGGUGCCAUUUUGAUUGUAACUUUGACUUUGGGUUUUACAUCGACAACACUAUUCCCAGACACAUUGGAGAUGUCGGGUUAUCCAACCAUCCACAAAGUCCACUGGACUCACUGUCGUCAGUAGCUGAGAUAAUUUUAUCUGCAUAGUUGUCUGGAGCUAUCCUGCACUUGUGAAGCUCGUGGAGAAGUUAUCCUGAUUUUCUUGAAAUCAUUGCAAAUUGUUUUUGCUUUUACUUCUGUUUUCUCUAAUCUUUCACUAGACCAAGUUCUCAGUGUAAAUUGUCUGAGGUUACUGUGCAAUUAUCUGCUUUCUGUGAACCCAUUCAAAUGAUUUCCUCUAUCUUCAACUCUGUGGCUUAUCACUAAUUGGUCUGUAUUCCUUGAUGGAAUUUACCUCUUCUCCUGUGUAGUUACUUUCAAUGAACUUUGUAUGUACAGAGAAUAAAAUGAGUUAUUUGUCAAA